AUGGAAUCGCGCCAAAUGUCGCCACAGAAGGAGCAGGAAAUUGCGCUGAAGAUUCUGGAGCGAGCUGAGCUGGCCCAGAUGACUCGUCAGCUCAAGAUGGGACUAAGUAAAGUGGCUACUCCCAAGAAGAGUUCACGCGACAAUGCGAGACCCAAGACGCGGAUGUCGCCAGUAAAGCUCAACAUGCCUCCAAUUGCGCGCGAAAAUACACGGGUGUCGCCUCUGAAGCGUAACAGAGCUGAUCAGGAAUCAGAACUGAGCCCUAAUGGCGCUGAAGAGGAACACCAAGAUAAAACAGAACCUGACGCCAUCACAAGACCCAGCACACCUCCCAGAAGUGUUCAAAAGACGAGGCGUCGGAGCUUGCAUUCAGAACGUGAAGAUGGGACCGAUCCGGCUGAGCUGGCGGUCCCCAGGACGCCGAUAAGCUCGCGCGAAACCAACGAUCUUGGCGCGGAUUUACUCAUGUAUCUGGCUACCAGUCCGUACACUUCGGCAAAAUCCACCACUCUGCAGGGUCCACAGACGCCUUCGGCAGCUGUGGGCGCUUCCCAAGGAAAAAUUCUAACCACACCGUCGCUCCAACAACAGCAGCAUUCUUCCGGUGACGCCGUACGACUCUCACACAUCAAGAACCAGCCUCCUUCGUCGUCGUCCUCGUCGUCUCAUUUCGGGUUCAAAGUCCCGAACCACACCUCUUCGAGCACCGCUCACCACGAAACUCCUUCUCACUCCAGCUCCUCCCAGUUUUCUGAGAUCAUGGACUCGCCCCAGGUCUCUUUUUACAUGACCUCGUCUUCACCACGCAAGCGUAAGGGCUCUGUGCCGAGCGCCACGGCCGCCGCUACCACAACGUCCACAAUCUCUGCAAACACUCAAACUCUGGCCGUUCCGGGCACCCCGUCGCGAGAACUACGAACCGCGCAGCUGCUGGCAACGCCCAACUUUAACAUGGGUGACUACGUGCACAAUUUGUUCAGCCCAUCGCCUCGGUUCACCAGCGGAUCCGUCCGUGACGCCAAGCGAGAAUGA